GUCUGUAAAAUAUCGCAACAAAUGGGCGUGUUUUCUGAAUACGCUCCAGAUGUUAUAAGCUGAAUUAAAAAUGCAUUUAGCAAUGGGGCAUUCAGCAACACGGGGGACUUCUGCAGAAUUUCAUCUCCUGUCUCAUGCCAUCUUAAAAGCUGUUCCUAUUAUUGAACCUUCUCUUGGACCACUGCACUUACAUCAUUUUUGCAUCUGAGUGAGCCUGAUGAAUUCACAAAAAUAAGCCAUCCCAUCCACCUGUCAGUGUGAUCUAUGACAGCAGACCACCAUGGCUCUUAACAUCCCCGGUGUGGUUGCGGUGGUGCUGUUCUACAUCCUGAUCCUGGGCACGGGAGUUUGGGCCGCCCGAAAGUCCAGGAGAGCCGAGAGGAAGAGCAGUGGAGACAGGACUGAGGUGGUGCUGCUUGGAGACAGGAAUAUCAGCCUGGUGGUUGGAAUAUUCACCAUGACAGCCACGUGGGUUGGAGGAGGUUUUAUCCUGGGUGUUGCUGAAGCUGUGUACACUCCCAAAAUGGGCUUGAUUUGGGCUCUGAUGCCGAUACAAUACUCAGUUUCCUUCAUUAUAGGUGGUCUUUUCUUUGCCAAGCCAAUGAGGGAAAAGAAAUAUGUCACCAUGAUGGACCCUUUCCAGGAAAAGUAUGGCAGAGUGCUGAGUGGGGCUCUCGUGCUGCCAUGCAUAUUGGUGGAUGUGCUCUGGGUCUCCUGCACUCUGUUAGGACUGGGAGCGACUAUGAGCGUGAUACUGGACUUACACUUUGGCUACUCUGUGUGGAUCUCAGCAGCAGUGGCUAUCAUCUACACUCUGUUGGGAGGUCUUUAUUCAGUAGCCUACACUGACAUCAUCCAGCUCGCCCUCACAUUCUUCAGUCUGUGGCUGUGUGUACCCUUUCUCCUACUGAACAAAACAUCUGUUAACAUUGCUGAGACGGCUUUCAACCACACAAUUCAAGAGCCAUGGGUUGGAAGUCUGGAUAAAGAUAGAGUCUGGAAGUGGAUCGAUGACUGGUUAAUGCUGGGACUUGGUAGUCUUUCAUUCCAAUGCUUCCACCAGAGGACGCUGUCGGCAUCUUCAUCAAGCACAGCCCAGUUAACCUGCUUUGUAGCAGCAUUCCUGAUUGCCAUUCUAGGAAUCCCUCCUGCUCUGGUGGGGGCUGUGGCUGCCUCCACAGACUGGAACUUGACUCAGUACGGCUCUCCGCCUCCUUACCUCCGCGGGGAGCACAGUUUCGUCCUGCCUCUCACGCUGCAGUACCUCACUCCGUCCUACAUAUCCAUCAUUGGAAUCGGAGCCGUGGCCGCUGCCGUCAUGUCUUCCACAGAUUCGGCUCUGUUAUCUGCAACUUCUGUUUUCUCCGCAAACAUCUACAAAAACAUCUUCCGUACACAGGCCUCAGACAAUGAAAUGCAGUGGGUGAUUCGGGCAUCAGUGGUAGUUGUGGGUCUUGUUGGAACAUCAAUAACGUUCUGCACCAACAGCACCCUGCUCCUCUGGAUUCUUGGAGCAGACGUUUCCUAUACCCUCUUGUUCCCCCAUUUGGUUUCUGUCCUUUUCCUCAGAGUGACCAAUGGUUAUGGCGCCACCGUGGGUUACAUUGUGGGGGUGACUGUGAGGAUUUUGUUGGGAGAAAACACUUUGGGCAUUCCUGUUGUUCUUCACCUUCCAGGUUGCACUCUUGAAGACGGCAUCUAUGUCCAGAAGUCUCCUGUUAGGACAGUGUCCAUGCUGUGCACCUUGGUAACCAUAUUGAUUUUUUCUUGGUUGGCUGUGGUCAUGUUUAACCACAGCUUGCUGCCUGAAAAAUGGGACGUUUUCAAAGUUAGACGUAUUGUCACUGAACCACCAGAGGACGGUGUUGCGCAAAACCUGAAAGACGAAGCAGGAAAUGAUGAUGAAAGUGAUGAGAACAGCCAUGGAGUGGCUUUACAGCCAUUGUCGCAAACUGAAAUAUAAAUGUUGUUCAUUCUGUAUGUGAAGUUAUGUUCAUCGUUUUCACCUAUUGUCAACUGAAACUGAGGCCCUCUGUUCUAGCUAUUUUCCAAUUUAUUUUGCAAUAGCAUUCAUUUAAAAUGUGUGCUCUCUAAACAUUUUAGAGAGCACAAUGUUUAGAGAAUGUUUUGCUCUCUAAACCUGGAACAGCUUGUGUUUAUAAUACUGUGUUCCUCAGAUAUAUUCUGUUUCUGCUUUUCUGCCAUUCUUAAACGUUUUGGAUAAUUAUAUGGUUUUUCAUAUCAAACAAAGAUAUUCUGAGUGAAUGCAAAAUUCAUUUGUGAGUAAGAAAAGCUAUUGAAACCAAACUCUAAACCUAAUAACUAUUGGUGCCACCCUUGAACGUGAUAACUGGAGUCCAUUACUUCUCAGUGGAGGAAUUUGGCCCACUGUUCUCUGUCCACUUGUUCAGUUUAGCCACAUCGGAGGUUUUUUGAGCAUGACAGCCUCCAUGCCACAUCACGUUGAAGCGAUUUAUGUCCAGGCUUUAACUAUGCCACUCCAAAACAGUUACUCUGGGUAGUUUGACUCAUUCAGAUGCGGAUUUGAUGGAUUUAAUGUUUGCGUUGCUGGCCUUCCGUAUAGCCAAGUGCGCUUGAGCUUAAUGUCACAAACUGAAAGUCUUCACAAUCUUCUGCUUGAGAAACGAAUUCAUUGUUUCAACAAUUGAAGCUAGUUAUCCAGAUCCCGAUAACUGGUGGUAGAACUCUGACCAUCACACUACCACCACCGUGUUUGACUGUUAUGAUGUUCACUUUACAAAAUGCUUAGUUUUACACAGAUGUAACAUAGCUGACUAUAUUUUUCUGGUCGCAAGGAUCAUGUGAAAUGUGAGACAAGCUUUUGUGUUUUUCUUUUAGAUAAUACUUUAACCAUGUUGAAUCGGAUGCAACAAUAUUCGAUGUGCUUAAUGAAAACUUUUUUUUGUUUUGGUUUUACUGAGGAUAACUUAGCCCGAUGUCUCAUUUUGUUUGAUAUUUGUAAAUAUUUAUGUUUGACAAAAAAACCAAAAAAAACAAAAAAAACCCAGAAGAAAUACAUAAGAGGCAAAUACACUUUCACACAACUCUGUUAUUCAAACAGCUGCGUAGAAACCCGAGCUUGACAGCACAAAUGAAGAGAGUAAAGACGGUGUUUUGUAAUUACACAGUAUUUACUGUAGGUUUGCUUAAACAAUCUUAGCCCUAAUUGGCUAGUCACUUAGCAUUGUUCAGGUACAUUAGCAUUGCAAUUAUUAGUUUAUGUGAUAUCUUGUUGGUGAUUUUUUUUCUCUCUCUUAGACCUCUUUGACAUUAGAAAAAAAAAA